AUGGUUCACCGUGAUCUUUGGAGAAGACUGCUACUGAUUGAUCGAGAUCUUAAAGAGUUUUACAAAGUUGUAGACGAUCUGAGGUUUGUGUUGACGGAGGAGUGUCCUCUAGUUCUCAAUUCAACAGCCACUCGAAAUGUUCUGGAUGUCUAUGAUAGGUGGGUGAGGGCGAACGAGAAAGCUCGUGCCUAUAUCUUGGUGAGUAUAUCUGAUGUACUCAACAAGAAGCAUGAGGUCAUGCCCACCGCCCGUGAGAUUAUGGCAUCAUUACAGGAGAUGUUCGGGCAACCAUUAUCCUCUGUUAGACAUGAAGCCAUCAAGUAUGUCUAUGUUACACGCAUGAAAGAUUGA